AUGACUUUCCUAGAGGAUACGCUGAUAAUCCUGAUUUCCCAAACAUUUUUCUUCGUCGGCGGCUGGAUUUUCUUCGUAAAGCAGUUAUUCCGCGACUAUGAGGUUCACCACUCGUUGGUACAGCUAAUAUUUUCGGUAACGUUUGCCCUUAGCUGUACCAUGUUUGAGCUGAUUAUAUUUGAAAUUAUAGGGUACUUAGACUCCAGCUCUCGCUACUUCCAUUGGAACAUGGGACUCUACUCUCUACUUUUUAUGGUGAUAGCUCUCAUACCUUUCUAUAUUGCAUACUUUUGUAUCAGCAACAUUAGAUUUGUCUCAUUGAACAUGAUACGACCGUUGACAAUGUGUGUGUGGUUCAUUUACUUGUACUUUUUCUGGAAGAUUGGAGAUCCAUUCCCUAUAUUGAGUCCAAAACAGGGUAUAUUUUCUAUAGAGCAGGGUGUGUCCAGAAUAGGCGUCAUCGGUGUGACAGUAAUGGCUCUGCUAUCAGGCUUUGGUGCUGUGAACUAUCCUUACACAUCCAUGGCCAUAUUUAUAAGACGAGUAUCACAAUCAGAUGUGUUAUCAAUAGAGAAGAAACUUUUACAAACUAUGGACAUGAUUUUGGUAAAAAAGAAGAGAAUAGCAUUAGCUGAGGCCAAUCAUAUGGGAGCGAGACAACAAUACAUGGAUCAGUCUAACAUGAAGAAUAGAGGUGGUUUCUGGACCAAUAUAUUGUCUAGUGUUGGGAGUAUUGCUAAUCCACUUGGACAUGGGACUGAAAACAUAAAUCAACUCCGUCAAGAGAUUUCCGGUCUUGAGGAGCUAAGCAGACAGUUGUUCUUAGAGGCUCACGAUGCUAGGACCAUGAGGGAGAAAAUAGAGUGGUCCACAACAUUCCAGGGAAAAUAUUUCAACUUUCUAGGAUAUUUUUUCUCAUUAUAUUGCAUUUGGAAGAUUUUUAUUUCAACAAUCAACAUUGUAUUCGACCGCGUCGGUAAAAAGGAUCCCGUGACCCGGGGCCUCGAGAUCGUGGUCCACUGGCUGGGAUGGAACAUUGACGUGACCUUUUGGUCGCAACACGUGUCCUUCAUACUCGUCGGGUGUAUCGUGCUCACUAGCAUUAGAGGGUUACUACUUACGUUAACUAAGUUUUUCUACAAAAUCUCAUCAUCGAAAUCAUCGAACAUCAUAGUUUUAAUCCUCGCUCAGAUCAUGGGGAUGUACUUCUGUUCAUCAGUGCUACUUAUGAGGAUGAAUAUGCCACCGGAAUACCGUAUCAUCAUCACCCAGGUCCUCGGUGAUCUCCAAUUCAAUUUCUAUCACAGGUGGUUUGAUGUUAUAUUUUUAGUAAGUGCACUUACUAGUAUAUUUACGUUAUACUUGGCUCAUAAACAACCUUCUGUGAACUAA